AUGACACAGGGCGUCCUAUUAGACAAAAUUUAUGAAUUGUCCGAUAUAUCAGAAAUAAUAAAAAUCAUGCAAAUGAGAAGAUACGAAAACUCCUGCAUUAGGCCAGAGUUUCGAAAAAUUAAAAAUAUUAACUCAGCGAGAAACGUGGAUGCCAUAAAAGAUAAAAAUAGACAGUCCCCAUCUGACUCGAAAGGUUUCUCUCCUAAACGUUAUCAUUCAUUUCAAAAUCAAGGUGAUUCCCAACAAACAAGACAACAGACACAAUACACUACGACAAAUUACAAUAGACGCAACUACUCUAAGGACUAUACCCAGGACAGAAGAAAUAAUCCUCAAUCGGAAACUCAAAACAACUAUAAUAAUAAUAGUAAUCCCAAUGAUAACAAUCAUAAUCGUGAAGAGUACCCUAAUAGAUCAAGACAAUUCAGACGGAGUUCAGGCAAUUCUAGGAUGAAUUCAGGCUGUAGUAGGCAACAGCAGGGGUUACUCCUAUGGAAAUCGAUAAUGUCGAAUCCACUAGUCAAAACAACGAAAAUAGAAAUUCCCAUAGAAGUGAAAAUGGACCCAGAGAACAACCUGAGUCAAACCUAG